UUACCCAACUCAAAGCUCAAAAUCGGGGCUGCAUUAUACUCUAAUCAUUAACUAAAAAUAAAUAAAUAAUCAAACAAUUAAAAACUAAAAAUAAAAAAGAAAACAAUCUCAUCUCUCACUCACCCACUCUGAUUCAGAAGAUUGAUUUCCUGAUUGAUUGAAUCGCGGCCGUUGAUCGUCUCAAUCAUGGAGGUCCGACCCAAUCCGACGGCCGACAACUCGUCGGCCACACCGCUGCAUCGCCAGCGUCAAAGUCCGUCGAAGCAGCCUGCCGCCUCUCCCAACCCCGUCGACACCACUGCCGUCUCCCAGAGGUUGCAGAAGGAGUUGAUGUCUCUUAUGAUGGGCAGUGAGGAUCUUGGGGUAUCGGCUUUUCCUGAAGGAGAGAGCAUUUUUACAUGGAUUGGCACAAUUGAGGGUGGAAAAGGAACCAUGUAUGAAGGUUUAUCUUACAAACUUUCUUUGCAUUUUCCAGUCGACUAUCCUUUCAAGCCCCCACUAGUGAAGUUCGAGACGAUGUGUUUCCAUCCUAACGUGGAUCAGUUUGGCAACAUUUGUCUUGACAUCCUUCAGGACAAGUGGUCUUCCGCUUAUGAUUGCAGGACUAUUCUUCUGUCCAUUCAGAGUCUUUUAGGAGAGCCUAAUCCGGAGAGUCCUCUCAACAGCUAUGCUGCAACAUUGUGGAACAACAAGGAAGAUUAUAGAAAAAUGGUUCAGAAGCAGUAUUUUGCUGGAGAAGCGAUUGAGAGCUGAUCUGCAGAAUCUUCUUCACACAUCUGAAAAAGUGGUCGUCUCGUUUUCAUACAAAAAUGUAUAGCUCCGGCAAAAAAUUUGCAAUUUGAAAAUACAGAUUGUCAUUGAAUAUUAGAAAAAGGUUGAUCUACAUGCUUCAUAAUUUUGUCAAUUGGAUGACCGUAUAAGACCAAGGAGCGUGAACUCUUUGGCUAAUGAGUUGUAUUUAGUCGCCAGUAAUGGUGAAAUGAAAUAAAGCCUAUCUAGUUGUAAAUUUUUGUGAAUCAAAUGAAGGUGCCUGGUUUU